CUUGCUCGACUGAAGAUUCAAUGCCACCAACUUGGCGCGACGAACUUUCAAAAAAUACGCGCCUUUUGUUAUCAAAACUUUAUUUUACGCUAUUUUUUCUUCAAUUUUUAUGUAUUGUUAAAAAUUUAAUUUGUAUCGUCGGUAUGGCUGAAGAAUCAAAGGAAUCUGUGGGCGAGAAUAUAGAUGAAGAGUCCGAGUGCUCCUUCAUGAAUGAUUUGCAAUCAACGGAUGUAGACUUCGCGAGCGCUAGAAAAAAAAACAAUUAUGACCACGUGGAGAGUAAAGUGAAGCUGUAUAGGAAGAACAUACAAAGACAGCACUUACUCAAUAAAAGGAACAAUGUGGAGGAGACCUUCAUGAACAAUCUGAACAUUACGCAACCGGAAUCGUCGAGCAAUUCGGUAAUCGACGAUCUACAGAUGCAACUGGAGACAUUAAAUAAAAAUUACUCUAAGGUCCUGAAUGAUAAUGUAGCUAAGGACAUGAAAAUAGAAUAUUUUCGACUGGAGUUGUCAAGGAUGGAAGCACAGCUGAAGAUGUAUGCUUCAGAACUUCCUGACGAGUCUAUGCAUUCGGACGUCUCCCAGACAAGUCACCAUUGCUCUUCAGAUUAUACAGAUUCCUCAGGGACCGACUCGGAAGUGCACUCAGUAGACGACUCUGAUCAGAUCUUGAUCACGAAGCGGUCUAAGCUGAAUAGUUUUCGGAAAGCUAGUCAUAGGGCCAUACGCAAGAUCUUCUCCUGCAAGGACAAUAGCUCACAAACCAAUGUAGGCAAAUUCAAAAUGAACAGGAUUGAUUCCAAAUUGAUCGCCAGGAGCGUUCAUACGCCGCGUACCCAGGUAAUCCGAAAAGUCAGUAUGAACAACUCGCAGAAUGACGGCAUCCCUAAUAUUAUCAUCAAAACGCCAUUAAAGAAGAGAAACCUUUUUAAACCAUCGGAGUUCAGUGACGCAGAAUUGCCGGACAAUGGGACUUCACGCAAACCCAUCGUCAGAUUCUCAUCUCCCAAAGUCCGAAAUGUUUCUUUUAAUACUCCCACUGAAUGUAGAAUGCAAAUUCCGAGGAGACCAUAUGAUCCAAAUAUCCUGUUGGAAAUCGACGACGAUGUUCAAAAGGCUUCUGUACUUCUAACGAACAUUGGCACGAGGCUGCAACUGAUGAGGACGCAGAAGAGUGUCGAAGAUUGAGGAUUUUGCUCUUCGGGCAAGGAUAAAGUAAAAGUCAUCGGAUUCGAUCGCUGGAAUUAGAUGUUUUUUAAUUUUAAGUAAACCAAAAACGUAUGGAUGAUGCUUAGUCGCGGUAACCAAACAUCAUAGAUUCGUUUUUAAAAUGUAUCAUAUUUAUAUCAAACCCACAGUAUUAUCAUACUUUUAUGAAUAAAUCAUUUGCAAGUCA